AUGCUUUCCUACGAACCCACACCAAUGUCAAUCAAGACUCCCACAAAACCAACUACCAUUACUUUGCCGCCCACCACUUCGUCACCAAUGACGGUAGCACCCCCAUCCUCCAUCAACUCUGCCACCAUCAAUGGCCACAAAGCCCAGGGACAACAACACAUCUGGCUGGUUACGGGCCCUGCCGGCUGUGGAAAGACAACAGUCGCUGGAUAUUUGGCUCAAUCAUUAGGCCUGCCCUAUAUUGAGGGCGAUUCGUUCCACCCUCCCGCCAAUAUUGAUAAGAUGCGAAAUGGCAUUCCCCUAACUGAUGCCGAUCGAUGGGAUUGGCUCACAGCUUUACGGGAAGAAUCCAUCAAGAGGCUGAAUUCCGGAUCCAAUGGAGUCGUCCUUACUUGCUCGGCUCUCAAGCGCAAGUAUCGCGAUGUCAUCCGCGUUGCUGGAUACUACGAUCACCGCAUUCAGAUCCACUUCGUUUUCCUCGACGCUUCCGAGGAGCUUCUUCUCGCCCGUGUCGCCCAACGACAAAACCAUUACAUGGGUGCCAACAUGGUCCACAGCCAAUUCGAGACCCUUGAGCGACCUUUGGCCGAUGAAAAGGAUGUUAUCACCAUCGACGUCAGCCGGCCCAUAGAAGAGGUGGAGCGGGAAGCGCUCAGCAACGUGCUGGAAACAAUCACCAAAUCUCAAGACAAGCCAUGA